AUGGCCGCUGGUUUAAUUCACAACAUAAGAGAGAUGACUAGUGACAACUUCGAAGAUCUAAUGGCUCGGGACUGGCCAGGUGUACCAAAGACAAGCAGGAGGAAAAGGAAACAGGUGGAUCAAGACGUAGACGAUGUAACUGCAAGUGGAAAACGUAUCAAGCUCACACCGAUGCAAUGUGAAGUCUUAUCGGUUCAGUUGCAAGAGUCGUUUAAUCAACUAUUUGCUCAAACUUACACCAAACAAACAUUGUUCGGCCCAGAUGAUCUGUUUCAAAAACAUCACAUAGACUCAAUAAUAGGUAACCUGGAUGGGUGCACGACAUUAGCACAAUUGCGCAAGCUCAUAGGUGGCCAGACAAUCCCCGGUCAGCUUGAAGGAUUGUUGGAAACUGUAAUUGCUUUCCGAGAAGGACCACUGGCUGAGGAUACAAGAUUAGAAAUGGAACGAGAGAAGAGCGAGAAGCAGGCAGCUUUGGCAAAGGCGCAGGAGGAGGAAGACAAACAGGCCCUCGAGCAUGCUGCGAAGAUUGAGGCAGAAAGACUAGCAAAACUUCAGGAAGAGGAGCGCAGCCAAAUAGAGAUGGAGUUGCGGAAGAAGCGGAAGAAGGUCGAGGACUCUUGGAAGGCUCAUACAGGCUGCACAUAUGGCUAUGCUUGUACGACUGGAAGGCGAAGAUGCUGA